AUGGCGUCCGUCUGCAACCCCAAUUGGCAAACUGCUACAUUUUCAUUUUACCGAUAUGUUCCCUCGGUCGCAGCUGCAGUGAUCUUCUGCUUGCUGUUCUUGAGUUCGACUAUUGUGCAUCUCUGGCAGAUGUACCGAACAAAGGCCUGGUUCCUGGGGGCUCUGUGUGGUGGCUGUUUCGCUGAAUUCAUCGGAUACGCUGCUCGAACAGCAUCGGCCCGACAAGAGCCAGGCUGCUGGAGAAUGAUGCCAUACAUCAUCCAGAGCGUGUUCAUCUUGCUUGCUCCUGCGCUGUUCUCUGCCUCGGUUUAUGUCCUUCUUGGCCGAAUCGUAAAGCUCACGGAUGGGGACUCUCAUGUUAUCAUCAAAAGAAGGGUCAUCACCAAGACGUUCCUGGCGGGAGAUCUAUUCUGCCUUUUCAUGCAAUGUGCAGCUGGAGGACUUAUGGGGGGAUCCCGUGCGGUUCCUAAGCUGGCCAAGAUUGGAAAUGGGAUCAUUAUUGCAAGUCUCAUUCUACAGCUUGUCUGGUUCGCUUUCUUUGUCGUGGUAGCCCUUAUGUUCCAUCGAUCCAUGAAACUCAUGCCGACAAGGGCAGCGAGUCGUUCCGAAAUACGAUGGCUGAGCUAUCUCUGGACGCUCUACAUCUUUAGCUUCUUCGUCAUGGUUCGCUCGCUGUUCCGCGCAAUCGAGUUCAUCGAAGGAAGUGACGGGGUUCUGCAGACGACAGAGGUGUAUUUCUAUAUCAUGGACUCGCUUCUCAUGUUUCUGGCUGUGACUUACCUACACUGGAAGCAUCCAGGCGAGAUCGCUGCACUUCUUCGCAGCGAGGAACCCGAGUGCACGAAUGGCUUGAAGCUCCUAGUGAAGCCGGCGGGCAUGUCGUGGAGACAGUUCAGGCCAUAG